AUGGCAACAGUAGAAAAGUUUCCUUCUUCUUCUGAUAUGGUGCUAUUAAUAUCCUUAGACUUACCAAUUUGCAGCCAUAGAGAAAACUAUAAGAAUGGCAGAUUUUAUACAAAAAUCAAUUUUUUUUUCACAAUGGUUGCAGUCAAUUUCUUAGAUGUUAUUGACUUGAGUUUGGAUACUAAGUUGUUUGGUGAUGGGGAAUUGGAACUUUUGGAGCAUAAGAUUUUCUCCAAUAUCAGUUUGAUGGAAAGGGGAGAACCUAUAAGUGUUCCUAUGGUUGAAAAUAUGUUUGCGGUGUCUAGAGAUAACGUCAAACACAAGCCAGAGGCUCCAAUUUCUACUCAAAGACAACCAUUCAAACGAAACUACCCCAAAAGCCCAGCUCCAGGUCCAACGGGUUCUGGAUUUUCCAUGGUAGCCUUGAUUGAUGCCAUCAAAAGAAGUCCAUCGCUUAAUAAAAGAAUAAUUACCGACGAAAGCACCGUCUCAAGGAACAGCUCAUUUACCUCCUUUAUUCAAUUACCAGAAUAUCAUCCACCUGAAGAAAGUGACUUGAUCAUGUACCAAAAAUACAUCACCUGCUUAUCUAUGGGUAGCGAAGAGUCGGAAAUUGUCAAACCUGAGUUUCCCAAAUGUCCCACUAGCACUCAUUUAGCCAAUUAUGUCCACAAAAAAUACAUCUACAACCAAUUCUUGAACUUUCAAUUGAAAAGACAAAGAUCAUAUCAUAACAAGUAUGCCAACAUCAAGUUGAAACAUCAUUUUGAUAUGAAAUUGAGUAGAACAGUAUCCAGAAGAUUUUCCAAAAAUCAUAGAUCCUCCUCCAUCCGAUGUGGGGACUUGUAA